CAUUUUUGGGUGGAUGACGGACGCGCUGGAUUUUCCGCCAUUUUGUUCCCGUUUGAACUUUUUUGAAAGAAGGCUGAUAUAAAUACAUGCAUUCAUAUUUUUGUUUUAUAAGUGUAAGAAAGGUUUUUAGUUACCGGUAAUGGCUGCACAGAAAUAAGAUCAACAGGUCAACAUGCCUAUUACACCCAGAAGAGCUGCAGCAGUUAGCAAAAAAGUAGAAGAAUCGGAUGGAGAUUCAAAGGACGAACAGAGAAAAGAAACACCAACUCAUAAAAAGGACACAACAGUUGAAGAAGUGUCUGAUGGAAAUUCGAGAGGGCGCGGACGACCAAAGAAAGACCCAUCAACUCCUAAAAGGGAUGCAAUAGUAGAGGAAGAAGAAACCAGUAUGGAUUCUACAAGGAAGAGCCAUGGGAGGACAAGAAAAGACACACCAAUACCAGAGACAACAGAAACACCUGAAAGGAGAGGUCGAGGGCGAUCGAGAAAAGAUACACCUGGGACACCUACUGUAAAAGAUAGUGAAGAGUCAAAAAAAGGAGGAAGAGGUAGUAGACCAAAGAAAAAUGAGGAUGAAAUCAGUUCUCCUGGUGAUGAAAAAAGAGGCCGUGGUCGACCUAAAAAAGAUUCAAAUGAUGCAGAUACAACAGAGUCUGAAAAAAACAGUGGAAUAGACAAAGAGAGAAUUGAGGUCACUUUACCAGGGCGAGGGACAGUGGUAAUCAAGUCCGAGCCAGACGAUACCUUUCACAUGUCAACUCGAAGAAAGACCGGUUUUAGUUGUGAAUGUGGGCAAUCUUUCUCUGUAGAAUAUCUUCUAGAGGACCAUCAGCGCAGAUGUAAGAAGGCAGACACAGGUACUCCAAAACUAGAUAAAGGUAUAGUAAAAACUAUUAAGAAAGAGCCAGGAUCAGCAGCUUCUACACCUAAGGGCAGAAUGAACAGAGAUAAAGAAAAAGCUAAAGAGACUCCCAAGGAAAAGGUUAAGGACACUCCAAAAGAAAAGCCUAAAGUGACACCAAAAGAGAAGACUAGAGAGACACCAAAAGAAAAGUCUAGAGAGACACCAAGAAGAAAACCAGAGUUAAAAGCAAAUUUGAAUCCAAAAAGUGGAAAUGACAAAGCAGAAACAGAAUCUAGCAAUGAUCAUAAAAAAUCUGAGAUUAUUGAAUCAGUAAAAGAUUUGGCUGAAACAGUUGAAAGCUCUGUAAAGGAAAUAAAUGAUAAUGACAAUCAAAAUAAAGCUGAGGAAAAUAACAUAGCUACUCCAAUGGAAACCAUAUUAGUCAGACCUCCUGGUGUUUCCAAGGAAAUAUCUACUCCAGUUUCUCGUAGUAAGGCAACUGAGGUUAAGAAGAUUCUUGUUGUUACACCAGAAGGACUGAAAAGACAAAGUGUUCCCCAACCUGCAGUUUUAAAAGUAGAAAAGAAGCCUGUAACACCAUCAACUAGAGUCAUGGUAAUGCCGAAGCCAAAAUCUGCAGAAAAGAAAGUUGUAGUUCUCAUGGGAACGAAAGAAACAGAAGUGAGCAUUGAUGCAGCUAAUGAUGAUAGAGAGGAAGAAGAAUUAGAAACAGUAACGUAUCAAGCAGUGGCAAUAGAAGAGAGUCAACAAGAACACGUCAAAGAAACAGAAGAACAAUCUUCCAAUGUUGAGACGACUGGAGAAGAGACGGAAGAAAUAAAAGUGGGAGAAACAGAUGUUGAAAAUGAUGGAGAUGCACAGCCUGUGCAACAAGGAGCACAAAUAGUGGAGGUAGAUGCUGUAACUGGACAGGUAAUAGUGGUACAGGAGAGUCUGCAAAAAGUGGAGAAUAGUGAAAAUGCUGAACAGGUAGUAGAAUUAGAGGCAAGUGCAGAGAAGAUAGCAGUGUUACAGGAGAGCUUAGGGAUAAUGGACUUGCCACAAGAGCAAGUGGAGGAUACUGCUGAGCGAAGUAGCUCUGUAGUAAAUGCAACUGAAGAAAAAAUGGAUGUUGAUCAGAGUGAUGAAGGGGCGGAGACUGAAGAACAUAAGAAUCAGGAGGAGAAAGAGGAAGGCGAGGUGAAAGAAGCAGAUGAUGAUGAGGAACAUGAGGAAGAUGAGGAGAUUUUAGAUGACGGAGCUUUGGAUGGUAAACGUAAGAUUUCUGAUGAUGAAACAUGGACUCCUCUGGCAAAGAGGAUCAGAAGAUCAAUAGGUACACCAGCUGCAUCUGGUACAAAGUCCAAGAGUUCGUACAGACCGAAAAAGCCGCCAAAGAAUGCUUUAUCCCUGUUAUCUGAAGCUGCUAAGAAAACAAUGGAGAAAGCAAAAGAGGAGAACGUUGAAUUGGAUCCAGUUCAGCUGAAGAUAUUUGAAAGUCUAGUUUCCGUCGCCGUGAAAGAUGAGGAAAUUGAUGAGGAGGAGGACGAGAUGAUGGAGGUAAGAGUGAUUAAACAAGAAGAAUCGGCUGAAGGUAUUGACCUAGAUGAAGAUGGUGAAGUGGCAGCUGUUAUUUACAACGAUGAUGAAGAAGCACUGGUAGAUAUUUCAGUUAUUGAGUCCAUGGUCGAUUUAGAAUCAGCUGAAUGUGGCAUUUGCUUCAUGAAAUUCAAAAAUUCUAAAUACAUGAGAAACCACCUUGUCACCCAUACAGGAAAUAAAAAAUUCACUUGUGAGGUCUGCUCUAAAAGAUUCAUGAGAAAAUAUGACCUCCAACAGCACAUGAUGAGAGUCCAUUCUUUCAUCAAGGCUGCUCGUGGGAAAAUUAUUUCUUCGGAAGAAGAACUUCUAGCCAGUAACAAUGAAGCAGACUUGAAGACGUGUAAGUUUUGUCAAACUCAUUUCACUACUCAGUUCAUGCUGGAUGCUCAUUUGGAAGAGAAACAUUCGGAAGAGCGUCCAUUCGAAUGCCCUACUUGCCAGUCAAAGUUUCCAACACAGAAGAAGCUUGUCCGUCACAAGGACUCGGUCCACUCUGAACGACAACACCAGUGUGAGCAUUGCGAGAAAUCGUUCAGGUUUCUAUAUGCCUUGAAAGAACAUGAAAAGACCCACAACGAGGCCAAGCCAUUUUUGUGCGACGACUGUGGAAAAGGUUUUGCCUUAGCUAAAUACCUGCAGAAGCAUAAACAGCGCCACACUGCUCCAGAAGUCAUGGACAAGGUUUAUAAUUGUAGAUAUUGCGAUAAAACAUUUGACAAUCUGCAUGAAUACCAACAGCAUAUAAGGACCCAUACAGAUGCUGAGGAUAGAAUAUUCCAAUGUGACCAGUGUCCAAAACGAUUCUUCAAACAGGCUCAUUUGAAAAGACACAUCAUGACUCAUUCGACUGUUAGAUGUUAUCAGUGCUCGUAUUGUGCCAAGGCCUACAAGGAUCCUGACACACUACGGAAACACAUCAGGUUUAUCCACAAGACAGCCGAGGAGGACGGCAACAGGAAGGAGUACCCAUGUCCAUUCUGUGACAAGGUGUUCUAUAGUAAUGGUCAUCGUAAGAGACAUUUGAUCAAGCACACAGGUGAAAGACCAUUUAAGUGUGAGGAAUGUGGGAAAGGGUUUACAGAGAAAAGAAGUCUUCAGAAUCAUCAGAGAAUACAUAGUGGUGAAAGACCUUACUCUUGCAAGAUAUGUGGGAAGGCCUUUAUCCAGCUGUCACAUCUAAAUCGUCACACGUUCCUCCAUACUCAGAUACGUAACUUUGAGUGUGAUGAAUGUGGUAAAAAAUUCUUUGAGAAUGCUGACCUGCAGAAACAUCAGAGAAUCCACUCAAAGGACAAACCAUACAAGUGUGAAUUCUGUGGCAUCGGAUUCUCACAGCCAAACAUAUUGAAAUGCCACAGGAGGAGACACACGGGUGAGAAACCGUACGUCUGUGACAUUUGUAAUCGAGCAUUUAUUCAGAUGGGGGCGCUGCAGACACAUCGGAGGUUACAUACUGGAGAACGGCCAUUUAAGUGCAGUUAUUGCGGACAGGGAUUUGUGUCGAAGGAGAGGAUGAAAUUUCACACCUAUAUUCAUACAGGUAUCACGCCCCAUAUCUGUCACAUUUGUGGUAAAGGUUUCAGGUUAAAGUUCAAACUUCAAAGUCAUCUUGAUUCUCAUGAGGGCGUGUAUAGAUACCAGUGUAAAAUCUGCAAUAAAGGGUUCUUAGAGAAGACAAAACUCAAUCGUCACAUUAAACAAAUUCAUGACGACCCGUCAAAUCCAGAUACAGAUAGUUAUAUUGAGAAUAACAUCCGAAUUAUACAACGGCCAGAGCCUCAAACUCCAAAGUUUCAGAUCGUUGAGUUGCAUCCAGAUGAUGAAGCUACUACAACUCAUGUCAUUGUUGAAGAUGAUACGCUUCGUAACUUCAGUGAAAUCGCAGUUAACAGCAUGUCCCAGCCAGCAGCUAACGAGGAAGUCAUAGAAACAACACAGAAUGUCCCAGGGUCAUACGAGAUACAGACAUCAGAAGGAGACUCUUCUAAUGCUGUUCAGCAUAUUCAGUUUGAUUCAGAGUCGGGAGAAAUCACUGCCUCAGGGGGAACAACUCUGUUUGAUGGAACUACUACUAUUAACUUGCCAGAAGGGAUCAUUUAUGAAGGAAUGGAGAAUGGUGAGGAAGUGGUGUAUGUGGUGAUACCAGAAGAUAAUCAGACUGUUAUCCUUUCAUAAAACUGAUAUGAAGGAAGUAGUGUAUGUGGUGAUACCAGAAGAUAAUUAGACUGUUUACUUGCCAUAAAACUGAUAUGAAGUUUUUACAGCAUUUAUUAGGGAUACUUGAAAGAAUUAGACUUUAUAGACAUUUUGUUUUAAACUGAAAUAAAGCUUUGUGUAAGGCCAAAAACAAAACUACUAGUGUUUAGGGUUGCCAAUACAACCCUAUUUUCAAUGCCUCAAAAUGUCUACCUUAAUUUUUUUAUUGGUAUAUAUAGUAGUGCAUUGAAUAAUUCCGGUUAGUUGAUAUGUAAUAAUGGGAGCUACCAUUUGAUAUUUAUGGGGGGGCUAGGAUGAAAAAUUUUUGUCCUGCAUUUUUUUUAAUUUUUAGUCUCUGUCCUGCGUUUUUAUUUUUCACUCUAUUCGGUCCUGCCUUUUUUUUUUUUUACAUUAAUUGUCAAAACUCCUGUCCUGCCUAUUUUUUUCAAAUUUCAUCCUUGCCCCCCGCCCAUAAAAAUCAAAUGGUAGCUCCCUUACUAUAAGAUGUUAAAUUAGAGUGUUGUCGCAGUAUGUCAGGAGUGACCACUUUUUAAAGAAUAGUUCAUUGAACACUAGCAGGAGAUAAAUCACCUGGUUUGUAUUGUACAAAGAUAACAUUGUAUAUUUAUAAAUAGCAAUACUGAAAUGGGAUUGUUAUAUAAAUUUUUACGAAAAUAGUAUCGUGCUCAUUUUAGCAUUUAAAGUAAUUUUGAAAAAGAGCAACUUUAAUGACAUAAAUAAAUAUUUUUACAUGUAUUUACAAAACACAAGUUCUUCAAUUUUGAUGUGAAAUUUAAUGAAUUCCUUAUUUAGGAAACGACUGAUAUAACGAUCUAUUUUUAGUAUUUAGGAUACACUCAAAUAUGUUUUCAUGUUUUAAAAAUUUUUUAUUAUCCACAAGAAAUUCUCCCAACUCCCCCUUGAACUUUUAAACGUAAAUAAUGAAAAUCAUGUUUCCUCAGCAUAUUUUUGGCUUCUAGUCAAUACAUAAUCAGAAAUCAUGUAAUCACAGAUAAAUUUAAUCGCAAAGUAAUUUUUUAUGAGAAUUUUACAUAAUAAGCGUUUUUGUUGGUCAUGUUGGUAGUUGUAUCAAGUUUUAUUGUGAUUAUACAUAUGACUUACGUUUUAUGUGAGUGACUUCUACAAAUGACCUUGACUACCCACGUGAGUCUCCCACGGUCGGUUAUGUAAGUUAUACAGUGAAAGCUGUUUUUCUUUGUUGAGUUAACGGUUUGCAUUUUAAAAUUUUGUAUAUAUUAUGCGUAUGUACUGUACAUGUUGAAAUAUUUAUGUAUGUAAUAUGCAUAAUUAUUUUUAUGAAGAAAAGUUAUUAUAAAAUCAAUUUCAUUCUUUAUAUUCUUGGAUAUUCGGGCUAUUUUUCUAACAAUGCCUUCUUUUUCUAUGAAAAGUAGAUGGUAUAUUUGUAUAUGUGAUGUUCAGUAAGCACUUGGUAGUUUUGUUUAAAGUCAGGAUGUUUUGAAUUGAAUAGAAAAAAAAACUUUAUUGGUACACCAGUCCUUUGACUUGAGUUUUGACAACUAUGACAAAUUCUUGCUUGAUAUAUUUGAACCUUUGUGUAUCGAGAGCUAAUGAAUAGCUAUAUUCUAAAAGAUUUUUGAUAUCAGUAUUUUUGAAUGAUUAUGUAGCUGUCAAUGGUGAAAGUUUCAAGUAAGGGAGAUACCAUUUGAUUUUUAUGGGGGGGGGGGGGGGGGGGGGGGAGGGCUAGGAUGAAAUUUGAAAAAAAUAGGCAGGACAGGAGUUUUGAAUAAAAAAAAAAGGCAGGAUGAGACACUUUGCAAAAAAAAAGGCAGGAUGACAAUUUAUGUAAAAAAAAAAAGUCAGGACCGAAUAGAGUGAAAAAUAAAAAGUUUUAUCUGUUUUUCCUUCAUUUUCCAAAUUAAACCAUUAUAUUAUAUUUGUUAAAUUUGAUUUUGAAACAAAUUGUAUGAUUCAGUAUUUGCAUUUUUUUUAAAUGGUGUUCAUUGCAUACUUUAUAUUUUUAAUGUAAGAAAUAAAAGGUAAUUUGUUGUUAUAAUGAAAGUUCUUAGAAAAGACGUCAAUUGUUUCAUUGUUUUAAAUACAUGAAUGGAAAAAAGACGGAAGGAUAAAUUGACUUUUGAAAUUUGUAUUCACUCAUAAUUACCUUACUAUUAGUUGAAUUUCAUUGUUAAUCCAGUUUGUGUUGCAUUGUUGAUAUAAUUACAUUAAAAUAUCAAACUUUAA